UUUCUCUCAUGGUUUGAUUUGGAUUGUUAAAUGAUUUGAUUAAACCCAAGUUCAUUUUUAGAUGUUGAAAUUUAUUGUCUAUCGGUGAAAAGUUGGAUCUUUUGCAGCUUAACUAAGGAUUUAGUUCACAAAAGUGGGCAACUUUAUGUGCCUUUUUCAGCUUAGAUGUACUUAUAAUUGUUGUACCGAUUUGAUACUUGAUUGAUCCGAAGUAGAAAUGGAGCUAUACUUGAAAUUUUCUCUGCUUGAUGACGCGCACAGUGAAAAAGGACUGGACUAAAAUAAUUUGUGAUUAGUCCUUACGGAAAUUUUUAUGAUCUAUACUAUGAAAAAGAUUUUUUGUGUCCUAGUUUUGGUAGAUAGACUUACUUGGUACCUGAUGCUGGUGGGAGGUGGCAAGCAUUAGUCUAGGUGCACACAAGCUGGUCUGGUUAUCAAAAAACCAAAUCUUCUUUUUCUUAAAGGAAUAUACUUUCUGGCUGCUGGGUUACUAUAAAGUAUUUGCAAAUUCUGUGUGAACAUUUGGUAAGUGAUUUGCCAUUGUUUUGAUGAUGCAUAGCUAUAUCUUAAUCAGAAGAAAUUAGACAAAUAAUAAAGGAUAUCAUACUAAUAAUUUUUUUUUAACCGUUUGCUUCUUCAGUAGCUUUUUAGCAUUGACUUGGAAUUUCUUUCAAAAUGAAAAAAAGAAAAAUCUGUUGUUCUCCUUGUUAGGAUGCUGUUGUUGGUGAAAUCUGAAAUGCGUAAUGUAGUAAGGACUAACUUACACUGGUUGGCUUUCUACUUCAGUUGGUUUUCGAUGUGGUGUGCUUUAACAUGCAAUCUGCACCAAAAAGUGUGCAUUCUUUAGUUUUUAUUAUUGCAAUCACUUCCUCUGAGUUUAAUUUUGCUUUUUCUUUGUAGAAGAGAGCAGAUGGAGAAAAUUGAAGAGUCAGGUAGCCCUGGUUGGGGUGCAUCCUUUUUUCAAACAACGGAAGAUGUUGCAAGAGCUGUUGCUGCUGCUGCAGCUGCCGUUAGAUCGCCACGACCUUCUGUGGUAUAUUCAUCUAAAGAUGAUAGUGGUAGUCAGCUUCAGAAAUUUCAGCGUCAAGUAACUAGAUUAAUGAAAGGCUUAUCCAGUCCCCCUGAAGUUAAAAGUGGACCCUACAACCCGGAAAUACUAACUAGCCAAAAGCGUCAAUGGGCUAGGUUUCAGUUGCAAUCCCUGGAUCAUAGAGUUUGGAAGGAGCCAUCAAGGCUUUUUGAGAGCAUGGUGGUUGUUGGACUCCAUCCUAACUGUGAUAUUCAAGCACUUCAAAGGCUUUAUUUUUCAAGAAAGCUAGAUGGUCCAGGGAGAUUUAGAAGCGCACUUGGUGGUCAAAGUCAAUCACGCGUGGAACCUAACCUUGAGCCUCAGAUCUUGUUUGUUUACCCUCCAGAGAAGCAACUGCCACUGAAACACAAGGAUCUUCUCUCAUUCUGCUUUCCAGCAGGAGUAGUGGUUCAUGCUGUUGAGAGAACUCCAUCAAUGAGUGAGUUAAACGAAAUACUUCUGGGUCAGGAACACCUUAAACAAAAUGAUCUAUCCUUUGUGUUCCGGCUUCAGGUUGCUGAUAAUUCAACUCUGUACGGUUGCUGUGUUUUAGUUGAGGAAAUGGUUCAGAAACCCUCUGGAUUGCUGUCAAUGAUUUCAGAUGGACAACAUAGCUUGGGUAUUAGCCGCCAAGUUUUAACAACACGCCGCUGUUAUUGCAUUCUCUCCAGACUUCCUUUUUUCGAUCUUCACUUUGGUGUAUUACAUAGCAUUUUCACUGAAGAAAGGUUGGAGCGGUUAACAAAGCAAGUUGGUGAUCUUGAUUUUGAUUCACUUGUGAUUGAUGAUAAGGAAGAAGAUUUUGAAGAAAAUCCUCCCAGCAGAUUUUUGGAAGAAACAACUCAGUACAUCCUGAAUGGAACUGUAGAAAGCCCACAACCAAUCACUGCAGAUUCUAUAAUUAGUGAAACUGUGGGUGACAAGUCUCAUCUGGAGUAUAGAGUUGCAAAAGGGGACGUACUCCCAAAGGAUGGAAGUGAUAACAGGGAACGUAUGGUUGGUAAUGAUAUAGAUGUUGCUAAUGAAGAAUUUAUACUUGGAAGGCAAGUCCAUGAAGCUUUUGAUAAUUCCACUGAUGAUUACAAACAGCUGGUAGAAAAGGGUGUACCAAAUGCUGUUUUGCCACUUCUAAGUUAUAAUCAGUGCGAAAGUUCUGAAUCUUCCCCUAGCUUCCAGGGCUCUCGUAGUGAAGAUAGACAUUUUAGAAGUGAUUUUGAUGAAAUUGAAGCUGAGGAAGCAUCUUUUUCUGGUCAAGAUGAUUCAAGCCAGUAUAGUGAUAUAGUAGAAUGGGCUAAGGCCAAUAAUCAUGGAUCUUUGCAGAUACUAUGUGAAUAUUACCAGCUAAAAUGUCCUGUAAGGGGCUCAACAAUUAAGUUCCAUCCUCUGGAUCACCUUCAUCCUUUAGAAUAUUAUAGACCUGAUGAAGCACUUUUACACGUUGCUGGGUCGACAAUUGACUUAAAAUCAUGCAGGUCAAGUUUGGAAUUAGCAGAGGCUCACAAUGCACUCAUGGUGGAAGAGGAAGCAACUGCAUUAUCAGUUUGGGCUGUUGCAUGCUUAUGUGGCUCAUUGCGGCUUGAACAUGUGCUGACAUUGUUUGUGGGAGCUUUGCUGGAGAAGCAAAUUGUAGUGGUUUGUACAAAUUUGGGAAUAUUGUCGGCAUGCAUUCUGUCCAUUAUCCCUUUGAUUCGUCCUUAUCAGUGGCAAAGCUUGUUGAUGCCGGUUUUGCCUAAUGACAUGCUGGAUUUUCUGGAUGCACCUGUUCCCUAUAUAGUAGGUGUGAAGAACAAGACCUCUGAGGUUCAGUCAAAGCUAACAAAUGCCAUCCUUGUAGAUGCAAACAAGAACCAGGUGAAAUCACCAACUUUACCACAACUUCCGCAACAAAAGGAGUUGUACUCUUCCUUAAGUCCUUACCAUGCAAAGCUGGUGGGAGAAAGUUAUCUGGCAAGGAAGAGGCCGGUUUAUGAGUGCACAGAUGUCCAGAGGGGGAAUGAAUUGUUAUCAGAAACAGCCUAGUUUUUGUGAAGCUGUUUGCAAAAGUAUGUAAUCCCAAUGAAGUCAUCGCACCGCCAGUGGACCAUCUUGCUAAUUGAAUUGUAAAUUGGUAGAAAUGAUAAGAUUGGUGAAUUGUUGAGACAUGGUACGUAUCAUUUGUAAUUGCAUACCUGAGUACUUCUUCUUUUCUAUGAAACAUUUAAAAUGUAAACUGAAGGUGUAUAGGGUAGCUAGUGGAGUUUAUUGAAGAUAGUUGUUGGUGUUUACUUUGUUUCCUUCAGCUCUCCCACGGAGCAUUACUUUGUGGCCUCUUAUGUAUAUAUAAUUUUUUUUGUUGAGUUCAAAAACACCGAUGAUCUAUUUGGGAUGGUUGACAAUUUUAGAUGGUGUUUGUGCAUAUUGUUUUUGAAAUCUUGCUAAUGAAAUUUCGAAAAUGUGCCUGAUUGAGUUUUAAAAAAAUCAUUUUUCUGAAAAAGUGGUUUCAGGGUUUUUUUCAAAGAAAAAUUCUUUUCCAGUCGCAGAACACUCACCAAAUCUUCAAAAAGUUUGUGACUAUCUAAACAUGUCUCUUUUAUACCAUUUUUUCAAAAUAGUUUUUUCCAAAAAUUCUUCAGGGCUUUAACUUUACGAUAUCUUUGUAAUUCUAUUGAAACUUUGGCAUCACAGAUUUCAUAUAGCUGCCUUUGUCAUUUUGGUCACUGGCUCUUCUUCCUUUAUAUGAUAUUUGUAACCUCAUUAGAAUGCUAAUUAGCCAGAUAAUAAUUUUUCAAUGUAAUAUCUUCAGUGUUAUUAUACUCCAGC